AUGUUCUCCCUUCGGGGCUCACCCUCUUCCAAAGAGACUAUUUCUGUUCUUCAAGCUACGUCAAGAUCAGGACUUGGUACAGCAUCAUGUAGUGCACUACGAGACUCGAGCUCGAUCUCGCUCCAGUGUACUCGGAAUAUCUCGUCCUCAUCCUCCACUCAUCCAUUCAUCUCACCGUCCAAGUCUCGUAGUCAGUCAAGACCAAUCGGUCAGAUCGAUAAAAGAGGGAAAGAAGUAUCGGAUUAUCAACAUACAUUCCAUAAAUCGUUUCAUACAUCUUCAUCUUCUUCAGCUCAAUUAUUACCUGAUGAUGAUCAUUUAUGGAAUUAUCAUCCUCCUGAACAAUGGUCGCAAUCAUCCUCAUCAACUUCCACACCGAUAACUCGUCAGAAUCAAGUUCAGCAGAGAUGGCCAAGUAAGAAAGGAAAAGGUAAAGAAACAUCCUCUCACCCACAUUAUGAAUCCAACUAUGAUCCCUUUCAAUCUUCGUCGACUAAUGUAUCAAAUCCUAAAUCCAACUUACGGAAGGAUAUAAAUGGAUCGGAAUUGGAUCAAGGCCAUCUUGAUAUCUCCCAAGAAGCGAUUGAUGAUCUGUUCAAGUCUUCUCUCCAAGCAGAUGAGAUACCAUUGCAGUUCACAGAAGAUGAGAUUCUUGGUAUAAUAGAAGGUAUGCAGGAAAGUGAAAUGCUUGGUGGCACAGAACAAGAACAAGGACAAGAUGAACAAUGGGAUUUACCUGAAGAGAUAUACCAAGAAUUGGACUUGGGUCAACCUCACUCUGAGAUUCAUCGGGAUAUCGAUCCUUCUCGUUCAUCACCGUCAUCCGCAUCUCGUACGUCGAAAUCACAGCUCUCAUCUCUUCCUACACCUAGAGGAGACAUCGCACCAGUUCCCCAUGUGGAUACACGUCUUCUCCCAUCUCUUCCAACUCCAAUUUAUCCCUCAGACGUUGACACAAGAUAUGAUUGGCGUACACGUGCGCUGAGUCAAAUGAAGAAGAAAUCAAGACGGAAUUGGUUUGGUCAAUUACCUAAAAGGAAAGAACCUACUUGGACAAAACUUCAGAUGGGUGAAUGGGGCAGAGAGGAACUAGAUAGAUAUUCAAGGCACUUCAUACCUCUUCUUGAAGCCGAACAAGGGGAAGAAGAACGACUUUUCAAUUCGCGUAUUUCAGAAUGGACGUUUGAUCGUUUAAGAAGAGAAGGAUAUGCUCUAGAUGAAUUGAGAGGUUCUUCAAAUGUCUAUCAACCGAAAUCGUUGAUGGGAUUAGGCACUGUAUAUGGAUUCGUGAGGGGUAAAGGCGAUAGGGAAUUACCUUUUAACAGAUUCACUAUCGGGAGCAAUAUUGUCAUCAGUCGUACUGAUCCUCAAGUAGACGCUGUGACGGCUAUUCCAGCCGAUCCCAAAACACGAAUCAUUGGUAGUGUGUGGAACUCUACCAAAGGUCAUUUGAGGAUCAUGUUUCCUCAGGAAAUAGAUGACAUCAAUUCGGGUACUUGGAGACUCGAUUUAGCUUGUAGUGAUUUUGCUAUUAAGAAACAAAUCGAAGCUAUUAAAUCAUUGAAUCUUGAUCCCUUUGAAAUAGACCAGAAAGAUUUCCCUCGUAUGAUUCCGACAACGUCAAUUCAACCAAUAUCUGCAACUUCAGAUGCAGGACGACGACAAGGUGAUGAAGAGCAAGAAGCUAUCCGUACAGUAUUAUCUCAGUCAUCUGGGCCAAUGGAAAAGGCAAGGUAUCAAACGAUAUUACGCGGUACAACACUUCGAGAUCUACUAUUUCGAGCGUUUCAAGAAGAUUAUACACCCCUCGAUAAAUCUGUGACAUUCGUCAAUGUCGCUCGUACGGGGCCGGAUCAUCUAGUCCAUACGCCAAACGAAAUACAUCCCUCCGAUUUAGAUGCGAUCCCUAUCCCAGAUCCUCGACGUACACCCUUAAACAGUGUUUUAUCCAAAAAUCAGUUGAUCCAAAGCUGGACUGAGCGAUAUCGAGUUCCAGGUAAACCUAUUCAUGUGGAAGGUGAUCCUGAUGUGGGAUUAAAUUCAACUCAGAUGAGAGCCAUAGCGAUGAUGCUUGGUGAAAGAUUAAGUUUGGUUCAAGGUCCUCCUGGAACGGGUAAAACUCGAGUCAUAAUAGAAACCAUUAAACUGCUGAAGAAACAUUGGCAAAUUCCUCAACCGAUCUUGGUAACAGCUCACACGAACGUAGCUGUCGACAACCUCUUAUCAGGUCUAAGAGCCCACGGAUUGAAAGCACUGAGAUUCGGUGCGAUCAACAGAAUUCCAGAAGAGUUCGGUGAUUGGACUUUAGAUAGGAUGAUAGGUCAACAUCCUCGUUGGUGGGAUCUCGAACAAGCAAGAAAAGAGAAAGAUCUUUUGACGGAAAAGAAGUUUAAGGGUGACUGGUCUGCUGAAGAUGAUGCACGUCUGAUGAAAGUUGGUCAGAAGAUCUGGGUAAUCAGGCAAUCUAUCAUGAGAGAUGUCUUGCUCGAUGCGGAUGUGAUCUGCACCACAUGCUUAUCGGCAACUUCGAAAGCUUUGCAAGGGAUUGAUUUUCCUAUCGUCUUCUUGGACGAAGCCAGUAUGGCUACGGAAACGCUUUCUCUAGUACCCUUGACUAAAGGCUCAUCGCACGUGGCCAUCAUAGGUGACCACAAACAACUACCCCCUGUGAUAGUCUCUCCGGAGGCUCAUGCUGGUGGAUUGGCCACAAGUCUUUUUGAGAGACUGAUUCAUGAGGGUCAUAUUCCCUCAAUAAUGCUUGACACGCAAUAUCGAAUGCACCCCUCGUUAUCCUCAUUCCCUUCCGAUACGUUCUAUUCCAGCCUGUUGAAAAAUGGUACACCACCUUCUGACCGUCUGGCGCCGGAAACUGAGUUUCUGGUUACAGAUGAGUCUGGCGUUAGGCAGAACAUAACCUUCCUCAAUCAUGAUCAUCCCGAGAGUCCCAUGUCUAAAAGUCUUGCAAAUUACGGUGAUGCAGAGUAUGUCUGCGAUGCAAUAGCGGAUUUACUAUUCAAGAAUCCCGAACUGAGAGGAUCACAGAUAGGUAUAAUAACACCGUAUCUCUCACAACUUCGAUUAAUAACAAAUCACCUAUCUGGAUCAGAGAGGAGAGCCGCAUUUGUAGAUCUACUAGGUGCAGAAAGGACCAAAGAACUGGAUGAUAUCGAAAUCAAAACUGUGGAUGGGUUCGAAGGUAGAGAGAAAGAAGUGAUCAUUUUUAGUAGUGUAAGAUGUAAUAAUGGUGGUUGGAUUGGAUUCUUAGGUGAUUGGAGAAGAGUCAACGUUGCUUUGACCAGAGCGAGGAGGGCACUGAUAAUGAUCGGUUCUAAAAAGACCUUGUCGAAUGCGAGAAUAGGUAAAACGGGUGAAGAAACAUUACCGUCAGGAGGAGCAAAAGUAUGGAGAGAUUUGAUUGAUUGGUUGGAAAAUAAAGGUGUUAUAAUGGAUGCGGAAUAA